CUCAUAUUCUUCAUGUGUAAUACUUAUGCUUCAGUUGGGCUUAUGCAAAGUCCUCCGAUAGGCAUUUAUUCCCUAUGCACUCUCCAUUCUCGCCGGCGUUACUAUGUCUAAGUCGCCAUGGACGUUUUCCGUGUGCGGCUAAAUUGCAUAGACCACUACCAAGCUAUCCCGACCAAAUAUGAUCCUCAGCUUCGCAAUGACGUUCAUCCGUCUCAGUUGAGUAAAGAACCUAGAGUUCCAGUCGUUAGGGUAUUUGGGUCAACGGAAACAGGCCAGAAGGUUUGCGCACAUAUCCACGGAGCCUUCCCAUAUCUGUAUAUCGAGUAUGAUGGGAGCUUACUCCCCGAUGAUGUGGGUGCUUAUAUAUAUCGGCUCCAUCUAUCUAUCGACCAUGCCUUGGCCGUAAGCUACCGUCGCAAUGCCUAUGAUGGCAAGAGCAAAUAUGUAGCGAGGAUUACUCUCGUAAAGGGGAUACCAUUCUACGGUUUUCACGUCGGCUACCGCUUCUAUCUCAAAAUUUACAUGCUCAACCCUCUAGUUAUGACUAGGCUUGCCGAGUUAUUUCAACAGGGCGUCAUUAUGAAGCGGAAGUUUCAGCCUCAUGAGGUACAUCUGCAAUACUUGCUGCAGUUCAUGACCGAUUACAAUCUUUAUGGGUGCGGGUAUAUAGAAACCCAAAAGGUCUGUUUCAGGGCCCCGGUACCUAGAUAUGAGGACGAUACAGAACUACCUCACAUGUGGCACAGUCAAUCGGUGUCACGGGCUUUCAUAACGGACGACGCGGAUCUCCCUCGUGCCAGCCAUUGUUCCAUUGAAGUGGACAUAUGUGUCCAAGAUAUCCUCAAUCGACAUGAGAUCAAGGAGAGGCAGCUCCACCAUGAAUUUGUUGAGAGAAAACAUCCCUUACCCUCCGAUAUGAAACUGGUUCACAGUAUGGCUGGGUUAUGGAAAGACGAGACAAAACGCCGAAAAAGAAGGAUGCUGGGUCAAACACCAGGAAGCAGCCCAUUCCCUCCAGAAGUGCUGGUUUCUAUGUCCGCAGACCCACGUCAUUCGCAACCCCCUGGGUGGAUACACGAGGAAGAAUAUAGGGACCAGGUUCAGGGUUUGAUAAGACAAGAACAGGAGCAAAGCGACGGGAGUAAGAUCAACUUUAAUACCUUUAUACCGAACUUGCCCUUAGAAGCAACUGUUAAAACUACGUUGCAAUCAGUUGAGGAUCUCUAUCCUGGAAACCUGGACUCUGCUCUUUGUGUCACAAGCCAACGUUUUGAAGACGACGAGAAUCCGACCAGCAGCAUUUUCGUGGAUGAUGACCGUAUUCGCGAUAUUGAACUGGAUGAUGAUGGAGUCUUUCCGGAAGACUCGGAUGAGCAAAAAGUCCCUAAUAUGGACCUAGGAAAGAAUGCUCAAGUCCCGGAAGUCAAGAAUUUAGGCAACGAAAGUCCAUUAAAAGCGAGAAAAUCGCCAAAUAUAAAUAUCAGAAAAGAUUCUAGCAACUCACCAGACCAGACCAGUCUAUACAAGUCGCCAGACUUAAGUAAUGGAUCAGAUAAAGAGAAUCGUCCAGAAGUGCUCUUCAAUGGGGUGCACGUUAGUUGCUUACGUCUAGCGCGCCGACCACAUAUACCUGUUUCGAACGCCUUACUUGAUGUUGCAAGGGAACAGGGGUUGGUGAGCAAAGCUCCUCGGGAUUCACAGCAUGCUCAUCUAAAUGGAACUACAAAACGCCCAUCCUCGUCGCUGUUAAAAGAACAGGGACAUAAGCGUCGACGUGUAGGCUUCCUCAAUACUGCGGACGCCAAUGGCGUAAAUGCAAAGGUGCCCAUGACAACUUCGGGAAGGUUAGAUGACCAAGAGGUCCGAACGAAACCUUCGCAGCCUACACAAUCGAAAUCAAAAAGCGCGCUCAAGGUGUCUGGAAACCAGGCUCUUAACUUCCCAGUUGUUAAAAAUCCUAACGAUCCUAGUACGAAGUUUCGACUAAGCCAGCAGACGAAUUCUCAGAAAAGUGAAGGCGGGGAACCCGUGAAGCAUGUUACAUUCGACUCAUGGACGCCGAUAGAAGAGACGAGUGGGGAUUCAACAUCGCUUACGGCGAGGCUCGGGCCUAGUAGUUCUACUUCAAACAGUACGAAAGAAGAUGAUGCUAGAAAGCUCAUUGAUAUCGGCUGUAUCUCUCGACCCCAGGCGCAAUUCUUUCUCUUUAAUCAGCCUGCGCCUUUAGUUGAAGAAAUUAUGUCGACCAUGGAUAGCUUAGGUCACCCGGACGUCAUAUACCAAGAUGCCUUCUACAGCAAUGAGAAAGAUGUGCCUCAAAGAGUACGGGAAUACGCCGGCCAAGAGUUUCGUAUCGAAGGCAACACUCUUCCUUACCUUCCUGACUUCGAUCCGACAGGGGAAUCGCCCGCCAACUUUGGGUUGAAAUCCGACCCGCCUUAUGAUGCCGAUAGAGACGAGCGCGUCUAUAAAAAAUUACGCCAGGAAUGUUCAUUAAGAAGCUGGGAAAUUGCGGAACCUCCCCCUAGCUUUGAUGAAGUACAGAGUUGGUGGACAGCCCUUCAGAACACAGCAGAUAACUCCCAAGAGCCUAAAUUGAGGAUUCGUGAUCCCGAACUCAAACCCUACAUGUCCCAAAUCGAUGGCCCAACACCAAAGAAUACUCAUGGCUUCAAGUAUUCCCAGAAGAAGAAAUCGACAAGCGUUCAGCAUGAAGCGCAGUAUAUGAGUACGAUGAGCUUAGAGAUACAUGUAAACACACGGGGCAAGUUCUUUCCAAAUCCUGAAGAGGAUGAGGUUCAAUGCAUCUUCUGGUGUUCUAAGUCAGAUGAAAACUUUGCCACUGGCGAUAGUGCGUCGCUGUCAGUACAGUCUGGCAUAAUAGUACUCUCCGAAGAUGGAUCCUUGGCACAAAGAUUGCAAAAAGAAAGCCCAGUCCGGACUGAGGUCAUUGAAGAGAUGUCGGAACUUGACUUGAUGGUCAGGAUGGUCGAGAUAGUCCGAACGCAUGAUCCUGAUAUUCUUACCGGAUACGAGGUUCAUGGUAGUUCAUGGGGAUACCUGAUCGAGCGAGCAAGAUUCAAGUAUGAUUAUAACCUAUGUGACGAAUUUUCGCGGAUGAAAAGCCAGUCGUAUGGGCGUUUCGGAAAAGAAGCUGAUCGGUGGGGUUUUAAUACUACUUCGACAAUUCGAGUCACAGGGAGACAUAUGAUUAAUAUCUGGAGAGCUAUGCGGUCGGAGCUUAAUCUACUUCAGUAUACGAUGGAGAAUGUCGUCUGGCAUUUAUUACAGCGGCGAAUUCCCCAUUAUCCCUGGCAAACAUUAACGGGAUGGUAUACUGGAGGUAAGCACAGGGACCUUAGCAAGCUCCUGCGAUACUACUUGACCCGAACGAAGCUUGAUAUAGAGAUUCUCGAGGCGAAUGAGCUUAUCCCACGAACGAGCGAACAGGCCAGGCUUUUGGGCGUGGACUUCUUCUCUGUCUUCUCCCGUGGAUCUCAAUUCAAAGUCGAGUCAAUCAUGUUUAGGAUUGCGAAGCCGGAGAACUUCGUUUUAGUUUCGCCGGACAGAAAGCAGGUUGGAGCACAGAAUGCGCUUGAAUGCUUGCCUCUCGUCAUGGAGCCCCAAAGCGCCUUUUAUAACAGUCCAUUGGUAGUUCUCGACUUUCAGAGUCUUUACCCUAGCGUCAUGAUCGCCUAUAAUUACUGUUACUCGACAUUUCUCGGUCGUAUUGUCAAUUGGCGAGGUACAAGCAAGAUGGGUUUCGCGGAUUAUCAACGACAAGAAGGGCUCUUAGCGCUGCUUAAAGAUUAUAUCAACAUAUCGCCUAAUGGUAUGAUGUACUGCAAACCAGAGGUCAGAAAGUCGUUACUAGCAAAGAUGCUGACAGAAAUCUUGGAAACGCGGGUGAUGGUGAAGAGUGGAAUGAAGCAAGACAAGGACGACAAAACUUUACAGCAGCUUUUGAACAAUAGACAGCUCGCACUGAAACUCCUGGCAAACGUCACAUACGGAUACACGUCGGCAUCAUUCUCGGGUCGUAUGCCUUGCUCCGAAAUCGCGGACAGCAUUGUACAGACUGGACGCGAGACUCUUGAGAGAGCGAUAGCCUUGAUCCAUUCGGUGGAUAAAUGGAAAGCGGAAGUCGUCUACGGCGAUACCGACAGCUUAUUCAUCUAUCUGCCAGGCAGAACCAAAGACCAGGCGUUUGACAUUGGAAAUGAUAUUUCCAAAGCUAUCACUGAUAUGAAUCCCCGGCCAAUCAAGCUCAAAUUCGAAAAGGUCUAUCAUCCGUGUGUUCUGCUUGCGAAGAAGCGCUAUGUCGGCUACAAGUACGAAAGCAAGGAUCAAGUAAAGCCCGAAUUCGACGCCAAAGGUAUCGAGACAGUCAGACGAGACGGAACGCCUGCGGAACAGAUGAUCGAAGAAAAGGCGCUCAAGCUCCUUUUCGAGACCGCAGAUCUCAGCCAAGUGAAAUCGUAUUUCCAAAAGCAAUGCGAGAAAAUAAUGCGCGGAGCUGUAUCGAUGCAAGACUUCUGCUUCGCAAGAGAAGUGAGGCUGGGGACGUACAGCGACCGAGGGCCACCCCCACCGGGCGCCCUGAUCAGCACAAAGAAGAUGCUCGAAGACGCCCGAGCGGAACCCCAGUACGGCGAGCGCGUGCCUUACGUGGUUGUCUCGGGAGCGCCCGGGGCACGGCUUAUCGAUAGAUGUGUGGCGCCAGAGGAGCUGCUAGGUAAUUCCCACCUGCAGCUCGACGCCGAGUACUACAUAUCGAAGAACCUGAUCCCGCCGCUCGAGCGCAUCUUCAACCUCAUGGGCGCCAACGUCCGUCAGUGGUACGAUGAAAUGCCAAAAGUUCAGCGCAUCCGCCGCGUCGACAUCUCCGGAAAAGGCCCCGGCGCUAGAAAGACCCUCGAGUCUUACAUGAAGGCGGCGGCAUGCGUAGUCUGCGGAUCGCGCUCGAGUAAGCGCGCCGAGGGGGCCUCGGUUUGUGCUAGGUGUCGCCGCAACGCGCCGGUUUCGUUGGUUAAGUUGCAGACGCAGUUGAAUGCCGAGGAGCGCAAGCUGGAGGAUGUUAAUAGGAUAUGUCGUAGCUGUGCGGGCAUGGCGCCCCUGGAUGAGGUCGGUUGCGAUAGUAAGGAUUGUCCGGUUUUUUAUACGCGCAUGAAGCAGGAGGCGAGGUUUAGGACGGAGAGGAGCGUGGUUGAGCCGGCUGUUAGACAGAUCUUGGAGGGGUGGUAGCUGGAGGGGAAGUGAAGAUGCGUUCAGGUCACUCUAUUAGGAUGGCAUAGCAUUGCGUGGCGUUUAGAAUAUGGGCUACGAUAGUUACUGAAAUGGGAGUUAAGGAGCUAAGGAAUUAAGUAUACAAGACAGGGCUUCUUCAGAUUCACAAAAGCUCUAGCACCCAGAUAAGUGUCUAUUUCCCUAGGCACUAUAUCUUAGAGACACGAUCCAAUAAAAUCAUCAUCGUGUAAAUUGCUAGGUGUCGUACUUUAUUAAACGUGCGGGUCUAGGUCAUAGGUUAAUUGAGAGGG